AUGGAGAACAGGAUAAGGUGUUUUCAGGAUAUAAGUGCUGAACUUUACAAUUCCGAAAAUGUAAUGACGGAUACAUCUUCUGAGCAGGUUGAUGUUGAGACAAUGAUCCUAAAAAUAUAUAAACAAUUUGAAAAAUCUGCUUCUAUUGAACCAGAGUUUCCAGUUGUUAGGAAAAAGGUUCAUAUUCAAUUGUUAAAAGAUUGUCUGAGAACUUUACCAAACAGCUAUGAAGCCCUGGAUGCCAGCAGAACUUGGAUAGUCUAUUGGAUCUUGCAUUCAUUAUGGCUUCUUAAUGAUAUGCCUGAUGCUGAAACACUAGCUGAUGUUGUAAAGUUUUUGUCUUUAUGUCAGCAUGAAGAUGGUGGGUAUGGUGGUGGCCCAUAUCAAUAUCCUCAUCUUGGAACCACUUACGCAGCCGUCAAUGCCCUAAGCAUUAUUGGUACAGAAGAUGCCUAUAACUCAUUAGACAGAAGUAGUUUACAGAAAUUCUUGUGGACUGUAAGAGAUGUAGAUGGUUCAUUUGCCCUUCAUAAGGGUGGAGAGCAAGACAUUAGGGGUGCCUACUGUGCAAUAAGCGUAGCCAAAAUGACAAACACAUACACAGAUGCCUUAUUUGAUAAAACAGCUGAAUGGAUAGUAGGCUGUCAAACAUAUGAAGGGGGUUUUGCUGGAUGUCCUGGUAUGGAAGCUCAUGGAGGAUAUGCAUUCUGUGGAAUUGCAUCAUUAGCACUUUUAAAUAAGACCCACUUAUGUGAUAUAGAUGGAUUGUUAAGAUGGUGUGUCAACCGUCAGAUGCGAUUGGAAGGUGGAUUUCAAGGUAGAACUAAUAAAUUAGUUGAUGGAUGUUAUUCUUUCUGGCAAGGAGCUGCAUUUCCAAUAAUAAGUGCCAUACUAUCACAAGAGAAAGAGAAUAAAGACUUAAUUGAGGCAGUACUAUUUGAUCAAGGCGCAUUACAAGAAUAUGUAAUUAUUUGCUGCCAAGCAAUACCUGGUGGUGGUUUUAUUGAUAAACCUGGAAAACACAGAGACAUAUAUCAUACAUGUUAUGCACUAAGUGGAUUGUCAGUUGCACAGCAUGGUACCUGCGCUGGAGAUCCAUAUGUUGUAGGACGUCCCAGCAAUGAACUUAAUAGGAUACAUCCUUUGUACAAUGUGGCACCCCACCUUGCUUAUAAUGCACUACAUUACUUUAUUCGGCAUCCACCUCCGGUUAAGGAUAAAAAUUAG